AUGACGAUGGCAACGUCUGCGCCAGCGCAGGACGGCGGCCCGCGGUGGCCGGGCCAACCAGCAGCAGCCCAUAUCCCAGCAGCGCAAAGGCCUCAUAGCGCGAAACAGCGGCCGGCGGACCUCCGAAGGAACAGGCAGAACUCGCUGCGGCGCGCAAAGAACAGCACCGAGCAGCUGCGCGCGCGCACCCGCGGCGGCAGCAGCAGCACCGUCAGGACCGACGACGGCGCCCAGAGUCGUUCUGGCGGCAACCGCUUCGCCGUGGGCAAUGUCGGCAGCAACGGCAUCAUCUACCUACGGCCCGUCGCUCGCACAGGCACGCCGCGGACGCGUCCACCGCCCGCGCCCUUCGUCUUCCCGCCCAUCACGCCUCCCGACAGCCUUGCGCCCGAUGGCCGCGUUCCUCGACGACCCAGCAAUGGCUGGCACGACAGCGCUCCCUCUGGAUCGCGCACUCCCACUCCAGCACGCACGCCCGCUCGCAGUCCCACCCCGGCGGUGAAGGUGAACGGCGUCACCCAGUCCACGUCGGAGGCCCGCCCCUCGCACCACGCUCGCUCGCAUUCCUUCUCCACCAUCAAUGACCACGCUCGCUCCCAGAGCAUCGACUCGAACACGUUCAAGGUCGUCAUUGACCGCCCCAAGACGUCGCGGCCGCGGACCGCAGACACGUCGUCGUUCCCGGUUUUGGACGUUCCCAUUCCCCACUACCGCCUGGGCAAUCCCCGAUUCAGCACCCAAGGCACCGCCAUCCUGCGCAGCUCCGUCUACACACGCACCUCCGCCACCGACGAUUUCCGCUCCUCGCUCUUCUCCAAUAAGCUCACCCCGACCCUCGGCACCCUGUUUCCCGCCCCCGGCCCCAUGCUGAACCGCAACUCGCAGCGGUACUCCGACAUCUCGUCGAGGACGCGCUUCUACGACCGACCCAUCACCUACAUCGAGCCCUCGACCCAAGGCUCGUCGGCUCCCUUGACGCCCCUCGUUCCCACGGUGCCCAUCUCUCCCAAGAUUUACGACUCAUUCACGACCAAUGCCGACAAUCCUUCCGUCGUCCGAUAUGCUGCAACCGGCGAAAUAACCGCGGCGACCCCGGCCCGACUGAUAGCCCACAUCACUUCCCCCAGCUUCCUGGAUUACGAACUCUUAUCCGAUUUCUUUUUGACGUUCCGCUCCUACUUGACAAUCGGCGACCUGAUAGCCUACCUGAUAGCUCGCUUACGAUGGGCGGUGGAGCGCUCGGACGAUUUUGGACGAAUAGUGCGGGUGCGGACGUUCGUCGCGCUCCGCCACUGGAUUCUCAACUACUUCACUGAGGAUUUUCUGCCUUUUCUGAACCUCCGGGAGCACUUUUGCAAGCUUGUCAACGACCUGUACCACGAUCUGCAGGUGCGCGAGGAUGGAGGAGGCGGGGAUUUGAAAAUCAUCGGGGAGCUGAAGAAGUGCUGGCGGAGGACUUGCGCGCUUUUCUGGGAUGAUGUGGAGGCGGUUGGCAGGGACACGCCGGACGAGGAUAUACUUCCAGGUGGCCAGGCUGAAUUCGAGCCACUCGUUCAACCGGCGAGGUUAUCCGACACUGCACCAGCAGUGGCGGCGCCCGCGCCCGAGCCCGUCGAGGCCCAUCCUCCGGAGACCCUCGAACAGUUCCCAGGAAGUAUAAUCAGAGGUGCACUCUUCCAGCCGGAUUCCCCGUACAUCAAUUUGCGGCCAACGGGUGAAGUACGACCGAUGAAGUCGCAUUUCGAUCUCGUCCUUAACAUUUCCGGCUCUCCCGCGAGCUCGAAAGCGAACGUGGCGAACCCGGGGAUGAAAAAGAUACUCGGCAGCGUGCGGCGGGCGUUGAGCAGCAGGCAAGGCGGUGGAUCGCACGCUCAGAGUGCGAGCGACGUAUCGAACCAAACGACAAAAAGAGACUCGAUGGGCACGGCAACGGUUCCGACUUCGUCACACGCGGGUGUCCAGAAGAGACGGCAGAUACGCGCCAGGCAACAGACCCGCGUGGACCUCCUCUCCCGGCGCGUGGCCGAGAGUUUCAAGAAGGCGCUGGACGAAGAGCUGGAUAAGGAAAGACGGAACCGCGCGAGUGGGGUGUCACCCCUGCAUCAGAGUCCAGAACGGGCCUCAGGAGCUGACUUGCACCCCGUCAGCGACGGCUCGCGACAAGCCCGUCCUGGGGUCGAGCGAGGUCUCAGCAAGGUGACGAUGGGCAGCGGCUCAAUCCUCAUAUUCGACGAUACCGGUGCCCCUCCCCCCGUUCCUCUGGUCAUGUCCGGUGCCCUUCCGGCCGAUGAGGAUACGGCGUCUGCGCUAUCCGUGGCGGCAGCUCCCGACACUUCCUACCUGGACGAUGCUCUAAGGCAGAGCGACGGCGACGAGAAGUUGGGAAAGGACAGCUUGGGAGCCGCCUCCCGGCGCGGUGAGCCCGUCGUUUCUCUCCCGCCCGUCACCAUCCACCCCGACGUCACGAUACCUUCCACGACCUCCGCCCCGAACGCAGUCAACUUCUCCUACGACGAAGUCGAUUCUUACGACAUGGAGCCUGUGCCCGGCCUGCCCACGGAUCGUCCGUCCUUGCUGAGGCACUCGAGACCCGGGUACAGCAUCGAUUCCGACGCGAUGACCAGAUCCUCCGACAACGACCCGUUCCAUCUUGACCGCCCCGCAGCUCCUGCCCCUGCACGCAUGCUUCGCAGACGCCCGGGUGGAGAUCUUCGCGGAGCCGCGAACAUGACCGAUCUGGGCCCCAUCGAGCGUCCACGAUCCACUGGUUCGGUGUCUAAUUUCGCGCACUCGGUGACGAAUUCGGUGGCGUAUCCUCCUCUCACAGCUGGCUGGAAUGACAUGUGGAAUUACGCGCCAGACGCCGUCGAAGGCGCCGUCGAAGAGUUCGACCAGCUGCAGCUGCCUGCCGCCAGGAAGUCGUUGUCGCUUAUCGGUACGCACUCUUCACAGCCGGUCCUCAGGCCCUCCUUCGAGAGGGAAGUCGCACGGCUGGCUGCAUUGCCUGACGAUGAUGACGACGAUGGAGGUAUCGAGGCUGCCCUGCUGAAGCUCGAGGGCAAGUACGAGAAGAAGAGUCCGGACCCGUCGCCGCAGGCGGCGGAGUUUUACAUCCCCAGGGGAGCCCCGGGUCAGUCCAUGAAGCGAGAGGAUUCCCACGGAGGACCAGACCCGACCGCUACAGACCCAGAACCGAACGCCAAGUCCUCUGGCACUCAUCGACAGCAGACGAUGUCGGGUGCGUUCGUGGUGUCGCCGUCGUCGGAGCAACACACGUCCCCGACGUACAUGCCAGACAGCUCGGUCCCCCAGUCCGAAUACUCGUAUUCCAGCGUCCCCCUUCUCGACCGUGGCAACAGCGACAUCGCCGCCGUCACACGCAAGCGGAUCAACGAACCGUCCGUCGACUCCGCUCGCCCAGCCGCCCUGUCGCCCCAGGCCUGGCGUGCUGCCCAGCUGGACCAGCAAAACCCCUCGGCUGGCUCCUCGAUUGAGCAUAUUGAAGAGACGGAAAGCAUGCGCAGGAUUCCACGUGGUUCGACGUUCCCUAGAUCGCCAAAGUCACCCAAGUCGCCCAACUCGGUGAAGACGCACCAGUCUUUCCUCCUGGACCCUGAGGAAGAGUUCGACGACAUUUCGUCGGACAUCUCGACCAGCGUUCCGAACGACUCGAGGCGUGAGAGCCACGGCGUGCGGAGUUUCUUCGAUGACCAACCCGCCGACCUCGAGUUCGGGGACGAGCUGGUUCCGCGUCCACUGCGCCACCCUCCCACGCCGCCGACCAACGACAAUGUGCUCGACAGGACGAUUCCGAACAACAUGGACUCGACGGUUUUCCACAGAGGCCUCCCGACGCCGGGUUUGACGCCGCCUCUGCACGGUCUCCAGACAGCCCCGAUUUCCCAGAACGGAUUCCAACAAGCGCAAGAUUUCCAGGCGAGCCACAGGGUCAACAAGUCGGAGUCGCACAUCGAGUCGACCAAGAUGAACGGCAUGGCCGGCGCGAACAGGCCGAGGAACCGCUCGAUUCCGGAGCGAGAGCGCCACCUUCCCUUCGUCCUCGCCUUCGACUCCGAGACCCUCGCGGAGCAGUUCACCAUCGUAGAGAAGGACGCGCUCGAUGAAAUCGACUGGAAGGAGCUCAUCGAGCUGCGCUGGAAGCAGUCUUCGCCUCAGAUUCGCGACUGGGUGGAGUAUCUGCGUACUCAAGAGCCCCGUGGUGUCGACGUGGUUAUCGCUCGCUUCAACAUCAUGGUGAAGUGGGCGGUGUCCGAGGUCGUAAUCACCGAGGAUCUGGAGGAACGUGUGCGCUGCAUUGUCAAGUACAUCCACAUCGCCGACCACGCCCGUCGCUUGCGCAACUACGCCACGAUGUAUCAGCUCACGGUCGCACUCCUGUCCGCCGACUGCGCACGUCUGUCCAAGACCUGGGAGCUCGUCCCGGAAGCGGAACGUCGCACUCUCCGCGAAUUGGAGGGCUUGGUGCAACCGGUGAAGAAUUUCCACAACCUUCGCCUCGAGAUGGAGACGGUCAACCUCGAUGACGGGUGCAUCCCGUUCAUUGGGAUCUACACGCGUGACCUGAUCUACAAUGCGCAAAAGCCAGCGACCGUAUCCGCCGGCGAGAAUGAUGACGGUGAGCCGCUCAUCAACUUUGAGCGUCACCAGACUUCGGCUUCGAUCGUCAAGAACCUGCUGCGGCUGCUGGAGGCCAGUACCCAUUAUGAGCUCAAGCCCAAUCCGGACAUCAUUCCCAAAUGUGUCUGGAUGGCCGCUCUGACCGACGAGGAGAUUUCGGCGAGAAGCCGGAUGCUGGAGUGA